AAUAGUCUUGGUUGACUAUGCUUCCCAGCUUGCCCUAAACAAUAUUUUUAUAAAACUGGAUAUGUUUUGUUGUUCUCAGUGGUUUAUUCUGUGCUUGAAUGGGAGGUGCAAUUCAAGUAGCAGGGUGAAUGUAACUAUACUGCCUGAAUCUGAUUCUGAGAAAUUGGUAUUUUAUGGUAUAAAUCGAGUUGCCAGCACCGUUGGUUAGAUAAUAAAGUUCAUCUUCGGUGACCACCCUCUGUGACUGUGGCCAAAACAUUUCCUUGUAUUUCUUCUCCCCCUCUCAGAUGUGCUUUCAGAGACCAUGUGCUAGCUAUAAAAAGGGCUUGGCAGUCACUAGUGAACAGAAUUCAGUAGUCUAGCACUCUAGGAUCUCUGAGUGAAACCUGCUGCUGCUACCAGUAAAAACAAUGUGGUCUAAAGUAGCUAGCGUUUUGAUCCUGAUCCUGAUAGUCUGUAUCUCCAUGUACUUUGGUGGCCAUGGUCUCACAUAUUCUUUUUUCACCCUGAUCCUCUUGAUGCUCGGCCAGGCACCGACUCAGAGAUGCAUGUUCUUAUCUAAGAAGUAUGAAAGGGCAGUAUUGGUAACAGGCUGUGACAGUGGGUUUGGCUAUCGGCUUGCUAAGACCCUGGACAGCAUGGGUUUCGUUGUGUUUGCAGGGUGUUUGAGCUCUAAUGGUCAAGGAGCUCAAACUCUGCUCAAAGAAGGAUCUCGGCAUUUAAAACUAAUCCAGCUGGACGUGACCAGAGAUGAGGACGUGAGGCUGGCUAAGGCCUUUGUGGAAGCAAACCUGCCUGAGAAAGGCCUGUGGGCAGUGGUAAAUAAUGCUGGUAUCAGUGACUGGGGAGAGACUGAGUGGAAUUCCAUUGAAGACUACCAGAAAAUGGUGGAUAUCAACUUAUUUGGCUCAAUUCGGACUUCAAUUGCUUUUCUGCCUCUUGUUCGGGCAUCUAAAGGGCGUAUGGUUUUUGUUUCCAGUAUUUUUGCCUUUUUUAAUUGUCUGAGUAUGGGAGCAUACAGUGUGUCCAAAAGAGGUCUGGAGGCUUUUGCUGACUGCUUGAGGGUUGAGCUGUCCAACUUUGACGUAAAGGUCAGCAUCAUUCAACCAGGGAACUUUGGCCCAGCCACAAACAUCAGAAGUAAGAAAACGACCCAGGAAAUCUGGGAUAAACUGGAUGAUGAGCGUAAAGUGACUUUCAGCAGAAGCUACAUUGAGUUUGCAAAUGAAUAUUUCCAGUCAUUAUGCAGUGCAGGCUUUAAAGACAGCCGCAUGGUUAUUGAUGCCAUGGUGCACGCUCUGAAUGCCGCCCAGCCAAAAUCACACUACUUGCUCGUCUCCACUGUGGAGUGGGUCUUUUUCCUAGUAUUUCCUCUUUUGCCCACAUUCCUCAAAGAUGCAAUAUUUACUUACACCCCGAUUUACCAUAAACGCAGAGAGAUACUUUCACAACAGAAACAGUAGGUGUUUAUCUAUUGCAUUAAAGGCAAUAGAGCUACUGCCACUGCAAAUAAAAAUAAAGAACCAAAUGGAUGCUUUAAAAGUG